AUGCCUUAUUUCAACAGCGAUUCCGUCGAGGAACAAAAGAAGCCUGACAACAUGGGCGCUAACACGCUCAACGACUGUGUCUGUCCCGCUGCCCCGAAGAUGACCAACGUCACACCUGCUCCUUUCGAUUCUUCACCGUCGAUCCCGGACUGCCUGCCCGAGGUCCAAGAGCUCCCCGCCGGUCUGAAGAACGCCAUGCCCCGUUCUCUCAGCUCGGCCCCGGUCGUCCCAGACUGCCUACCCGAGGUCCAGGACCCCACCGUCGGCCUCACCGCCACCAACAUCUCCCACCCCCACCCCGGCGUCACUGGUGUCACGGUCACGACACCCACGACCAUCACCGUCCAGCUCCCCCUCCUCACACUCCUCAACCCCUCCGCCUCCACCACCAGCCUCCGCCGCCACCUCCUCGCCGCCCACCUCCGCGCCGACCCCGUCCUGCUCCUGCCCUCCGCCGACGGCGUCAUCCACCUCGCAGCCAACUACCCAUCCGCCGGCCAACUCGACCUCGACACGGCGCUCUCGGGCCCAGCGACCCCAUUCACCACGACCCCGCUCGACUCGGACCACCUCCGCCACCUCCGCCGCUUCACCUUCCUCGUCCCCACCCACAAGGGGUGGAAGGGCGACAACGUCCUCCAGCGCGAACAGCUCGUCGACUUCCUCUUCUCCGACGCCGUCCUCCUCGGCCCCAACAAGGCCGACGCCCCCGACGACGACCCGCUCGCCGUGCAGCGCCGCUGGUUCCGGGCGCAGGCGCGCGAGCAGGCGGGCCAACGCCGCGAGUGGACGGCCGCCGUGAGGCGUUGCGUCAGGACGCUGGCGGGGGGGCUGGCGUCGGCGCUAUUCGCGGAUGGGGAGGUGGGGGAUGAGGCGAGGGGGGAGGUGAGGGGGGAGGUGGUGUUCCAGGAGUGGUGCGAUGGGUGGGGGCAGAAACGCGGGGCUGAUGCGGUGAUGGUGGCGGAGGUGGAGGGUGUGGUUGGCAAGAUGGAGCGUUGCUAUGGUAGGCGCUUGUGGAGGAGGUUGGAGGUGCCGGGGGGGACUGUGGAGGGGGGGUGGGCGUGGGCGGGGGCGGAAGAGAUGGGUGAGGUGGGAGAGAUGGGAGAGAUGGUUGAGAUGGAGGGUUGA